UCUCAACGUGCUUGGCCACUCGUGAAAUUUGCAAAUUCAAAGGUUCUCCGUUUCUCUCUCACGAACACAUCAAAUUUACUCUCAUUUUCUCCCAAUUUUUAGGGUUUUUUCUUCAUCAAUCUCUCUUCAUUUCUUCAUAUCAUUCUUAUUUUUCUCUCAUUCUUUCUCUAUCAAUCUUGUUCUCCAUUUUCUGGUGAUUUAAAAUGGCUGAUGGUGAGGAUAUUCAGCCCCUUGUUUGUGACAAUGGAACUGGAAUGGUUAAGGCUGGAUUUGCUGGUGAUGAUGCUCCACGAGCUGUGUUUCCUAGCAUUGUUGGUCGUCCCCGUCACACUGGUGUGAUGGUUGGCAUGGGCCAGAAGGAUGCAUAUGUUGGGGAUGAAGCUCAAUCAAAGCGUGGAAUUUUGACCCUGAAAUAUCCGAUUGAGCAUGGUAUUGUUAGCAACUGGGAUGACAUGGAAAAGAUAUGGCAUCACACCUUCUAUAAUGAGCUUCGUGUUGCUCCAGAAGAGCACCCGGUCCUCCUUACUGAAGCCCCUCUCAAUCCUAAGGCAAAUCGUGAAAAGAUGACUCAAAUCAUGUUUGAGACCUUCAAUGCUCCUGCUAUGUAUGUUGCAAUUCAGGCUGUUCUUUCACUGUAUGCUAGUGGUCGUACAACCGGUAUCGUGCUGGACUCUGGGGAUGGUGUCAGCCACACAGUGCCAAUUUAUGAAGGGUAUGCUCUCCCACAUGCCAUCCUUCGUCUCGACCUGGCUGGCCGAGAUCUGACAGACUACAUGAUGAAAAUCCUGACUGAACGUGGGUACUCUUUCACCACCUCAGCUGAGCGAGAAAUUGUGAGGGACAUGAAAGAAAAGCUUGCUUAUAUUGCCCUUGACUACGAGCAGGAGAUGGAGACUGCAAAAACCAGCUCUGCGGUUGAGAAGAGUUUUGAGCUUCCUGAUGGGCAGGUGAUAACCAUUGGUGGUGAGAGAUUCAGAUGCCCUGAGGUUCUCUUCCAACCAUCUUUCAUUGGAAUGGAAGCUGCUGGUAUUCAUGAAACCACCUAUAACUCGAUCAUGAAAUGUGAUGUGGAUAUUAGGAAGGACUUGUAUGGAAACAUUGUACUCAGUGGUGGUACCACCAUGUUUCCUGGUAUUGCUGAUAGAAUGAGCAAGGAAAUCACUGCACUAGCACCGAGCAGCAUGAAGAUUAAGGUUGUGGCACCACCCGAGAGAAAAUACAGUGUCUGGAUCGGUGGGUCUAUCUUGGCAUCACUUAGCACCUUCCAGCAGAUGUGGAUAGCGAAGGCUGAGUAUGAUGAAUCUGGGCCAUCAAUCGUUCACAGGAAGUGCUUCUAAUUUCACCAUUAAAGGCUAAGGUUGGAGUCAGAAACUACUGCCAAAGAGGGGUGUGACUUGCGCCCUCUGAUUUUGAUUGGCGAGCCAAAUUAGUCGGAUAAAUUUUAGUUUUUUCUAUUUAUAAAUUUAUUUAAAAAUCAUUGUAAUGGUUUAGUUUCUUUGUUGGAACCAGGAUCUUGAAGGUGCAAAAAAGUUUAUUUCUAUAAUCCCAAUUCCAAAGCUUGAUUGAAUUUUGCAUCAGUAGAUAGCAAGAUUAGCAACCAUUUCUUUUUGUGCAACUCAAAUAAAGGUUUCAGCCUGAUUUGUAAGCAUAUUGUAAGGAUUGAGGUCUGUAUAUUAUAUAAGCCCGACUUUGGCUUUA